AUGGGAGAUGGCCAAUCCAUUCAUAUUUGGGAUGAUCCUUGGUUGCCUAGACCUAACUCGUUCCAACCUUUCAUUAGGAGGGAUGGUGCUCCGACUUUGGUUAGGGAAUUAUUGCUCCCUGAGUUGUCUUGGAAUUCUGAUUUUAUAGCUCAGUGGUUUGAGCCAGAAGAUGUAGCGUUAAUUUUGUCUAUUCCUCUUAACCAACGGAGUAUCCCUUCUGCCUCCAACCCUUCACCUAUUGUGGAGACAUGGAAACGGAUUUGGAAUGCUGGAAUCCCUGGUAAGGUGAAGGUUCACAUGUGGAAGGUAUGUGCUUCUAUUCUUCCUACAGUGGCUCAACUUCGAACCAAGAGGAUUUGGAUUACUGAUGGUUGUGUUUUCUGCAAUGAUGGAGAUGAAUCUAUUCAUCAUGUUAGUAGAGAUUGUUCCUUUGUGCAUGCUAUGUUAAGAAAGGUUCCAAGCUUAAGUUCGGUGAUCUCAUCCAGCAGUGACUAUCAAGCUUCGAUGUUGGAUUGGUUAUCUCACUCUAUGCAGACUAUUUCUUCUGAGCUUUUUGACUUUCUUCUGUAUCUGUUAUGGGCAGUAUGGAAGGAGAGGAAUCAAAGAGUGUGGAAUGGUAAGAACCUUGAUUUGGAACAACUUUUCUUCCAGGCAGCCUCUAGUUUCUCAUUGUUUACCUCCCUUCAUCCGGGUAGGAGUCCCAAAAUAAAACGUGCUUCAGCUCCAUUGGGUGCCUCCUCCGACAGGAAUUUCGUCAGUUAUCUUCUUGUAAUUGAGGCUCUUCCUGGGAAGGCUGCAUGUGCUUGGGCUGUGGAGUUCAACCAGUCACCUAAUAUCUUUGAAAGUGAUUGUCUUCAGUUGGUCAAUUCUUUGAAGUCUGAAGAGGAAGAUCAUUCCAUGAUUGGGAGGGUGGUUGAUGACAUUUUGGUCCACUUAACUUCUAUUCCUAGUUCUUUCUUUCAACAUGUUUACAAAGAGUCCAAUUUGGAAGCACACAAGCUUGCAAAGCUUGCGUUGUAUUCUAAUGUGUUUGCUAAUUGGAAGGGUUCUAUACCUUCCACCAUUAGAAGCCUUGUUGCUUCCUAUUGUAAUACUUCUUCUCAUUGA